CGGCGGCGGGGGAGCGUCGGGGCCUGAGGCCGGAGGCGCCGGCGGGGGGCAGCGGCCGCCGCGGGCCGCCCCAGGGCUGCACGAGUAGGGGAGCCGGGGGCGGCGGGGCUGGGGAGAGGUCUGGGCCGCGGCCUCCGCAGCGCGGUGACAGCCGUGUCUCGGCGUCCCUCUCUCGUAGGCCGCGGGAGGAGCCCGGUCCCGGCCGCUGCCCCCCGCCGCGGCCCUCGGUGCGGCUUCCUGAGACGCGUGGCGGCCUCUGCGCGGCCUGGCGCUGGGGGAGAUGCGGCCUCCGCCGUGACUUCUUCGUGCCGCGGCCCGCGAGGAAGGACACGGGAAGAGCAAGAGCUGCGUGGCGGCCCUGGCUGUGGAGCGUGCCCGUGGCGUUCUGCAGGGCCUGCGCGGUUCUCCUUUUCCUCCACCUUUAAAAGAAACCCGUGACUGUGACACUGACAACACCCAGUAUAAACAAAAGCCUCCGGGACCGUCCCGCGUGCGGGCUCAACCCGGCCGCUCGCCCCUCCGCAGCUGCGACGGCGGCGCUUUGGCGUGGCGGGGCCGGGGGCCGUGCGUGAGGGUGACACUUGGCACCAUGCUGGCUCCGGAUGCGUCACGCCCGCCCGCUCCCUGCGCCGGCUGCUCCGGAGUUUGGCAGAGCAGCACUUUUCUUUAGCUUCCGUGCUGCGCUGGAAUAGGCAGCCCAGAGCUGACUUUGGGGAUUGAGCUUUUCCACAAGUACUGCCGCUGUGUCCUCUGCUGCUUUCCGAGGGGAAAGAGUUAGAGCCUGUUUCUUUUGACCCGUGGUCUCCAGGGAUGGGUACACACACAUUUAUAUGCUGUCUACAAGACACCUCUGAUGGAAGCCUUUCUGGGGACAGUUUUUGACAUAAGCGUUUUACAAGUGGAACUGACAAAGGCGUUAUUUGACGUUGCUGGAGCAGGAGCCCCUGAAGGGACAGCAUGGCUGUGAGCAUGGAUGAUGACGUCCCCCUCAUCCUCACCCUGGAUGACAGUGGGAGCAGCGUCUCAGCCCCUCUUGAUGACCUGGAUCGGGAGGAGCUGCCUAAUGAAAAUGGAGGGAGCUAUGACGUUGUUAACGAUGCAUCCAGCCCUGCUGCAGGGGACUGCUGCUCCCAGCAAAGCUCUGCCCGUCACAACUGGGAAAUGAACUACCAAGAAGCAGCCAUCUACCUCCAGGAAGGAGAAAAUAAUGAUAAAUUCUUCACUCACCCCAAAAAUGCCAAAGCACUUGCUGCUUACCUCUUUGCACACAACCACCUUUUCUACCUGAUGGAGCUGAGCACAGCGCUGCUUCUGCUGUUGCUGUCUCUCUGCGAGGCACCAGCUGUUCCUAUGCUCCGUCUUGGCAUCUUUGUCCACGCCACCCUGGAGCUGUUUGCGUUAAUUGUGGUGGUCUUUGAACUCUCCAUGAAGAUGAGGUGGCUGGGCUUCCAAACCUUUAUCAGGCACAAAAGGACUAUGGUGAAGACUUGUGUGCUGUUUGUGCAGUUCAUCGAGGCCAUCGUGGUGCUGGUGCGCCAGACCUCCCACGUCCGGAUAACCAGAGCCCUGCGCUGCAUCUUCCUGGUGGACUGUCGGUACUGUGGUGCCGUCAGGAGGAAUCUCCGGCAGAUCUUCCAAUCCCUUCCACCAUUUAUUGACAUUCUUCUCCUCCUGCUUUUCUUCAUGGUGAUUUUUGCCAUCCUGGGAUUUUACCUGUUUUCUCCCAACCACUCAGACCCGUACUUCAAUACCUUAGAGAACAGCCUUGUGAACCUCUUUGUGCUUUUGACCACUUCAAAUUUCCCUGAUGUGAUGAUGCCAUCUUAUGCCCGGAACCCCUGGUCCUGUGUCUUCUUCAUAGUGUAUCUCUCCAUCGAGCUGUACUUCAUCAUGAACUUGCUUCUCGCUGUGGUGUUUGACACCUUCAACGACAUUGAGAAGAGGAAGUUUAAGUCCUUGCUGCUGCACAAGCGCACGGCCAUCCAGCACGCCUUCCGCCUGCUGAUCACCAAGCAGAGGCCGUCUGGAAUUUCCUUCAAGCACUUUGAAGGGCUGUUGCGGUUUUACAAGCCUCGGAUGGGGACCAGAGAGCGAUAUCUCACUUUCAAAGCACUGAAUCAAAGCAAUACUCCUUUAGUCAGUCUAAAGGAUUUUUACAAUUUUUAUGAAGUUGUUGGCUUAAAAUGGAAGGCGAAGCGGAAUCGCGAGCACUGGUUCGAUGACCUCCCACGGACAGCAUUCCUGAUUUUUAAAGGCAUCAACAUCCUUGUGAAGUCCCGUGUGUUCCAGUACACCAUGUAUACUGUUGUGGCUGUGAAUGGAAUUUGGAUUCUUGUUGAAACCUUCAUGCUGCAAGGAGGGAAUUUCUUCUCCAGAAACGUCCCCUGGAGCUACAUAGUCUUCCUCACAAUCUAUGGGGUGGAGCUGCUCCUGAAGUCCACUGGCCUGGGGCCUGUCGAGUACCUGUCUUCAGGCUGGAACCUCUUUGACUUCUCAGUCACCCUGUUUGCAUUUUUGGGGCUGAUGGCACUGGCAUUUAACAUGGAACCAUUUUACUUCAUCGUGGUCCUGAGACCUCUUCAGCUGCUGAGGCUGUUUAAACUGAAGAAACGUUACAGAAAUGUCCUGGACACCAUGUUUGAGCUGUUCCCCCGGAUGGCCAGCCUGGGUUUAACCCUGCUGAUCUUCUACUAUUGCUUUGCCAUUGUUGGCAUGGAGUUCUUUGCUGGUGUGGUCUACCCGAACUGCUGCAACAGCAGCACGGUGGCGGAUUCCUACCGCUGGCUGAACCACACGGUUGGCAACAAGACAGUUGUGGAGGAAGGUUAUUACUAUCUCAACAACUUCGACAACAUCUUGAAUAGCUUUGUCACGCUGUUUGAGCUGACAGUCGUCAACGACUGGUACAUCAUCAUGGAAGGAGUGACAUCCCAAACCACUCACUGGAGCCGUCUUUACUUCAUGAUCUUCUACAUUGUGACCAUGGUGGUGAUGACAAUCAUCGUGGCUUUUAUUCUGGAUGCGUUUGUCUUCCGCAUGAACUACACUCGGAAGAACCAGGACUCAGAAGAAGACAAUGGCAUUGUGCUGGAGAUGGAGAUCUCCAAGGAGGAAGUGGUUGGCAUAAUCGAGCUGUACAAGCGGAGCUCGGCCGCCCCCGAAACCGCUCAGCUGCAGAAGAUGGUUCUGCAGAUGGACAAAUAUGGGCAAAUGUCCACACUGUUCCUGGGACGCAGGUCAAGGACCAAGAGUGAUUUGAGCAUGAAGAUGUAUGAGGAGGAGAUACAGGAACAUUCCUCAGGCUGCCAAGUGCUGAGUUGGGUCUUGGGAAGAUCCACAGAAGAGCUGUACUGUUGCCCUGAGUUUUGGAGGCAGGAGGAACGUGGAAGAUGAUGGUUCUUCUCACCUGGAGGCUGCCAGGCCUGGAAAGGCAGGAGGGAAAGGGAUCCCUCCCCAGCUCUGCCACCUUUAGUCAGUGAUGGUGGCAGGUUGUGUCAUAGUUUGUGUUGCAUUGCCCAUGAGAUGAGAACCUCUCUCUACAAUUCCCUUUUCUCCCCUGUCAGCACAGUAUGCUCUGCUGGGAGGCUCCCCUCAUCUCCUGCUGUUUCACCUUUCCUCGGGCUCAGAUGUAGAGCUUUCUCCAUCCAGGCAGAGGGAGAUGUGUGUGUCCUGCUUGGUAACCUCACCACAUGGCACAAGGAGAGGACUGAUCCUACCCAGGCAGCUCAGGAGCAUGUCCUGGGUGGAUGAGGCUUUCGAAAGUAGGCAAGAGAGAGCUGCUGCCUAAAACCUCUCCCUGCAGAGCAUGGCAGGAGCAUUUGGGCUGUGGGAUGGGAAGAGAAAGGGUGAGCAGCACACACACUCCAGCCUCUGCUCUCAACCCUGGCCACAUUCCCUGGGGCAACCCUUCCCUUUCCUUUGUGGGUACUGCAGGUAUGAAGCUGCUUCUGAGCUGGAGCGUGAAGGACCUCCAAGGGCUGUUUUCCAAACCAUAAACUGGACCACAAAUCACUGAGCAGGGCAGUUGCUGCUCCUGCAGUUGCUGUGUGUGGAGUCACAGCCUGGGAGGCUGAGCCAGGUUAGUCCUGGGGCUGGAGGAGCUGUUUAUUCUGGUUUCAGUUGGGGAUGGGAUCAGUGAGCAUCCUGAAGGUCAGGGCUAAAAACCCAUGUGGCUGUGUUGAAACUCCACCUUCCCUCCAGCCCGUUCUCCUCACAGGGCUGUCAGGGACUGUUUUGGGGAGGGGUGGAAGGAGCUGGAGCUUGAAGCUGCGUUGAGGAGGGCACUGACCUGCUGAAGCUGCAGGCAGGGGCUUUGUGUCCCAGAGCUGGGCUGGUGCCUGGGUGCUGAGGCGUCGCUGUAAGCCGAGAGGGUCACAGAAGUUUUACUUCUUCCAUACGACUUUGGAAGGAAACCACGUUGGAGUAUGGGGCAUCCCCUUCUAUUUAUCCUCCUCUCCCCCCUCCUGACAGGCAGAGUAAGGGCAGAGACAAUCACUUUGGGAGGCAGGGAGGAGGCACGGCAGGGUUUUGUACGCUGGCACUCGCUUUGUAACCUCGUUUUACGGCCGUGUCUGUAAAACCUCUCCUUUGGUUGGGUUGGGGUUGGGGUUGUUUUUGAGCACACUAAUAAAAACCAUCCUGGGCUUUGUAAA